AUGUCCGACUCAAAAGCGGAUCUCAACACCUCCUCUACUGGUGCCAUAAAGCUCGACAAUCCCUUCAUGCAAAGCUGGUUAGUCCUAGCCCUUGUGUCACUCGCGAUCGCAGGGCGUCUGCUUCUCUCCGUCUACUCCACCUGGCGUCAUGCCCAGAAGUCUCACAGGUUAGGCUGUGGAGAAGUCCCUCUUUACCCCAGCCAGGACCCUUUCGGUCUUUCUACCCUCUUCGAGACACUUGAAGCAGCAAGAGAGAAGCUGCUCCCACAUCUGGCAGAGCGGCGGAUGGCUCUCCUAUCCCGUCAGCAUGACAGAUACGUUUCUACCUUUCGUCUGUGCCAAGCAGGUCGGGAGAACUUGUUCACGGCAGAUCCAAAGAACAUCCAGGCCAUGCUGGCGACUCAGUUCAAUGAUUUCAGUUUGGGUGAUAUGCGUCGUAAUGUAGCUGAGCCUGUAGUUGGUCAUGGAAUCUUUACUACUGAUGGUGAGAGUUGGUCGCGUUCCCGAUCAUUGUUACGGCCUCAGUUUACUCGAGAUCAAAUGAGCAAUCUUGACAAGGAAGAACAUCAUGUUCACAACGCGUUGCGUGCCAUUCCGAUGCUACCUGACGGCUGGUCCUCUGUGGUGGAUAUACAAGCAAUCUUCUUUCGUCUUACCCUUGACUCGGCCACAGAGUUCCUCUUUGGUAAAAGCUGUGGUAGCCAGAUUGCUGCUAUGCAAAAUGAAACGGGGAAGGCCUCUGAUGAUACUUUUCUCUACGCGUUUGACCGGUGCAUGUGGUAUCUCGCGAAGCGACUCCGGUUCGAGCGGCUCUACUGGGUCAUCUACAACCAGGAGUUUCGGAAGUGUAUCAACAUUGUGCACGCCUUCGUGGACCAGUAUGUUCACUCUGCUCUUAAGCAGGCGCAGCAGCAAGAAGAGAAAGCCCAGAGCAUCGAAAAUAUUCCAUCGCAAUAUGUUUUUCUGAAAGCCCUGACUAAUACUACCAAAGACCCCGUUAGAUUGCGCGAUGAAUGUUUAAACGUCCUUCUAGCAGGCCGUGACACAACGGCUUCUCUAUUGAGCUGGACAAUCCUCCUUCUCGCACGACACCCGCACAUCUUCGCAAGACUUCGGAGCGAUAUCCUCGAGCAAUUUGGUACUCACGAUCAACCACGCAACAUGAACUUUGCGACUUUGAAAUCAUGCCAGUACCUCCAGUAUUUUCUCAAGGAAACCCUUCGUCUCUACCCGGUGGUACCAUUCAAUCGCCGUUGUGCGACAAGAGAUACUACACUCCCUCGUGGCGGCGGGGAAGACGGUACCUCUCCGAUCUAUAUCCGGAAGGGCCGUACAGUCAUGUACGGCACCUACGUCCUGCAUCGUCGAAAAGAUAUCUGGGGCCAGGAUGCUGAAAUAUUCAAUCCGGACCGGUGGGCCGAUCGGAAGGUCACCUGGGAAUAUAUUCCAUUCAAUGGGGGACCCAGAACGUGCAUUGGGCAGCAAUUUGCUUUAAUGCGGUCUAGUUAUGUGCUGGUGAGGUUGUUGCAGAAGUUUGAUAGGAUUGAGGAAGUGCACUCUGAGAGGCAGAUUCGGUAUGGUGUUUCGCUUACUUCAUGUCCGGCUGAUCCGGUGACUGUGAGAUUGCAUCAGGCAAAGAUAGAGGUUUGA